AUGUCUCGAUUUUCACUUCAAGGUCGAACUGCAUUGGUUACUGGCGGCGCACGCGGGUGUGGUCUGGCAUUUGCACGCGGUCUGGCCGAAGCCGGUGCCAAUGUGGCCAUCUUUGACGUGAUCCCCCCCGAAGCAGAGUUCGAAGCUAUCGCGACCGAGUGCGGCGUGCGUACUGCCUACUACAAGGUGGAUGUUGCCUCGGAAGAAUCCCUCGAUGCCGGCUUUGGAGCCUUCCAAACCGACUUCGAUAACGCUCUCGACAUCUGUGUUCCUUGCGCUGGUAUUAACCGUCACCAACCCUUCCUAGAGUUCACAUACGCGGACCACGCCGCUCUCCUCGGAGUCAACGUGUUGGGCGUGCACAUGACGGCCCAACGCGCGGCAAGGCAGAUGAUCGCCAAUGGGACACAAAAGGGCAGUAUUGUCUUGGUGGCCAGCAUGGCCAGCCACAUUGCCGUGCGGUCGCAACUGUGCAGCGCUUAUUGUGGUACCAAGGGGGCCGUGAGGGCGAUGUGUCCAGCAAUCGCCAAGGAGUUGGCCCAAUAUAACAUCCGAGUUAAUUCGAUUUCACCAGGAUAUGUUCGCACGGAAAUGACGGCUGCUUUCCCCCACCUGGUCGAAGAGUGGAAACGCGAUGCGAUGAACGGUCGCCUGGCCGAGCCGGAGGAUAUCAUGGGCGCGUGUGUGUUCCUGGCUAGUGAUGCUAGCUCGUAUAUGACUGGGAGUGAUAUUGUGGUGGAUGGUGGUGUGACAAAAUGGUGCAAUCUUCUUCGCUACGGUACUCCUGUUCUUCUUCUCGAUGACCGUCCCGAUCAGACCUCGACGGGCAAAGCAGACGGUUUGCAGCCGAAGACCAUCGAAACGCUGAAACAGCUCCGUCUUGCCGACCCGUUACUACGCCAUGGUGCCAAAGACUCCACCCCCACGCAACCCGUCCGUCGCACCGGUCGCAAAAUCCACUACCCCGACCACCUAGUCGGAGCCCCCGAUCCCUACAUUCUGCUAGCCCACCAGGGCAUGCUGGAGGAUGUUUUCAUCAAAGACAUUGAAAGCCGAGGGGGAUCAGUCUCGCGGAACAGCGAAUUCGUGGAAGUGCAGAAAGACGAGGCGGGCGACCUCGAAGUCACAUACAAAGAUCUGACCACGGGGGACAAGCGCAUCGUCUACGCAAAGUAUCUUGUUGGGUGUGAUGGCGCCCGGUCGAAAGUGCGGGACUUCAUUCCCGAUGCGCAGUUGGAGGGCGAGAAGACGAAUGCUUCGUGGGGGGUGCUGGAUGGUGAAAUUGACACCACAUUCCCCGAUCUCUGGAGCAAAGUCGCCGUCCGUUCUCACACAGCUGGGUCGAUCCUCUGGAUUCCGCGCGAACGCAACAUGACUCGACUAUACGUGGAGCUGAGCUCCACCGAUGGUGAGCGUGUGCCAAAGUCCAUGGCUACACCAGAGUAUGUCAUGGCUCGGGCGCGGGAAGCCAUGAAGCCCUUCCCGCUCGAGUGGAAGAGCAUUGAAUGGUUUGGCAACUAUAUCGUCAACCAGCGUGUCGCGCGCAAUUUCUCCAAUCCUGACAAUCGCAUCUUUAUUGCAGGUGAUGCUGGUCACGUCCACUCCGCACUCGCCGCCCAAGGCGCCAACACCAGCAUGCACGACUCUCUUAACCUCGCCUGGAAGAUGAAUCUCCAUUCCCGCGGUCUUGCUACGAAUAACCUUCUGUCCAGCUACUCCACUGAACGUCGAAAGAUCGCCAACGACCUGAUUGCUUUCGAUGCCAGCCACGUGGCGGCCUUUGAGCAGGGCGAGGCUGCUCUUGCCCGCAACUUCGAUGAGAACAUUCGAUUUAUCGCAGGGUUCGGGGCGGAAUACCUUCCAGGGGAACUGCUCACGAGAAGAUGUGAGGACACACAAUUACGAAACGGACACACUGGCUCAGGUUUAGGAAGGGUGAAACCCGGCUCCCUCCUCCCACCUUCGCUCGUGACGAGGUACAUCGAUGCGAACCCCGUGCCAGUGCAGCUAGAUAUUCCUCUCCUCGGGCAGUUCCGCGUGUACCUGGUUGUCCCAGAUGUUCGGAGUGAGAAUGAGUUCCUAGAGAAGUUUUGUGGGGAGGUGCUGGCCAAGGGAAGUGCAUUAGCUACGGCAACCACAAAGGCAGCUCAGAGCUAUUCAAGUAGUGAAAGGAAUCAGGCGACAGAUGAUGUGUACAUGGGCCACGCGCGAUAUACAUCAGUUUCGCAGGUGGCGACUUUUGCCUUGCUCACCACUGCCCAACGGGAGAGCUUCGAGCUGGAAGAUCUACCCGCUGUGCUGAAGCAAAGCCGCUGGACAGUGUAUCUUGACGAAGCUGGCGGAGAGAAGGGCGGAUGUACGAGCAGGUGGUUUGGGGAGGCAGAUGCGACGCAGACGGCGGUGGUGAUUGUGAGACCGGAUGGGUAUGUCGGAGCUGCGGCUCGUUGGAGUGAGUCUGAUGGAAUGCAAGCUGCUCGGUGGGUCAAUGAGUACUUCGAAGGGUUUAUGAUUUGA